AUGUCGGCGCCAAACACUACCAUCCCGGAUCGCACAUUGCACGAUGCAAUCAUUGUCGCGCUCUCUCUCAAGACUCAGUCCGAGAAAGAAAAAGCCCUGACUGCAGCGCUCAAAAGCUGGCAAAACCACGGCGACGGGACUCGCUCUCCUCAGCUACUCGUUCACGUACUUCAAAAUGUGUACAAGCUCCCAGAUCUACCUACGACACUCAAAGACCAGGACGUUUCAGAUUUUGAUACACUGGAAAGGGUCUGCAAAGAGCUUAAGUUCACACUACUCUUCGCGUCCGUGAAGAAACUGCUUGGCUGUCAUCUCUUCGUGGCAAUUCGCGGUUCCCGCAGAUGGGAGAACAGCCGUCCCAAGAUCGAUACAAAAAAAGUUCACACCAUAAAGGUCGACCAGCUGAACCUGGUGCGAGUCGUUGACUUGGAGGGAAAGCUGCGUGCAUUGCGACUACCCGUGCGAGAUACUGAAGUCACCCAGAAGGAAGCCUUCACACAUGAGACAGCUAAGAUUGAAACUGAGGUUGGUGGUAAAGAGAUGGGUGGUGGUACGGAGGCUGAGAUAUUUCACCAACAUGUCAAGACUGCACUCGUCAUCGUUCCUCCGCGUAACCUUCGCGCUUUCGAUAUUCGUAAGCGUUUCAUGCUCAGUCCCGAAGGCAAAGGAAUCGAAGCAGAGCUUUUCAUGGUCGAUGGAUGGGAAUAUGCCAAAGCGGAACCCAUCAUCAAACUGCUCGAUGAGGCAACGGAGAAAGUGCGUGCACCCGACGCAGGCCCGGCUAGUCUCCCGCGACUACAAAAAUUGUGCGAGCUUUUACUCGAUUAUCACGACCCUGGAAACUACCGCAAAGAGGGACAUAUCUUCAUGUGCGCAAGGUUUCCCUUGAUACCUGCAGCGAUUCUGGACCAGCUGGCUGCUGUGUGCAUGGAGUAUGGCUCGGCGGCUUUGUGGCAGAAGGCCAUGGAACAGCUCAGUGCUUCGUUCGAUCGCAAAGUAGAGGCCGAUCAGACCAUCGAUGCUAUAGGUCGCCUACUGUACAAGACACAAGAACCCGACCAAUUGAAGAAGGCGGAUGGGUUUGUGAAAUACCAUGAAAGUAUCAGAGGGAAGAUGUAUAUGUGUGACAAGGUUCAGGCAGCAUACGACCGAGCUCAAGAAGCAGAAGAGUAA